UAAAAACCACCCUCUCAUAAGUAGUUGCCUUCAUCCCAUUUCCUUCUAGUAUUAUCUUUCCAUUCAUCCAAAAACAUCAAACAUGGCAAAAACCUCUCAAGACAAAAAAGCCUUCCACUGGUCAACCAAAGUCAGCAAUCAAGAUGAAGAAAAAGAAGAAGAGCCUUCUUCCUUCAAUCCCUGCCCUCAAAAGAUCAAUCAAGAAACCGAAUUACCAUCACCAUUAGCAAGGCCAAAAAAGCUUCAAACCGUUACAAUUGCCAAGUUUCGUUCAGCUCUUCUAAAUGCACUUCACAAGAACCGUCCUAGCUUGUUGCAUGGGUUAGGCCCAAGAGUUGUAGGAACUCUAUUUGGUUCUCGUAAAGGCCAUGUUCAUUUCGCGUUCCAAAGGAACCCUGCAGCCCAGCCCGCUUUCUUGAUUGAGCUACAAACUCCAAUUAGCGGGCUGGUUAAUGAAAUGGCCUCCGGGUUGGUUAGAAUUGCGCUUGAAUGUGAUAAAGAAGUUGACAUGAUCAAAAAAGUUGGCUCUUCUAGGAGAAUCUUGGAAGAGCCGGUUUGGAGGACUUAUUGUAAUGGGAAAAAGUGCGGGUUUGGGAUGAAAAAGGAAUGUGGUGAGAAGGAAUGGAAAGUUUUGAAAGCCGUUGAGCCGAUAUCAAUGGGAGCUGGUGUCUUGCCGGCUGAAAAACAAGGUGAUGAUGAUAAAGAAGAUGGAGUGGCUAAUAAUGGAGGUGAGAUCAUGUACAUGAGGGCCAAGUUUGAAAGGGUUGUCGGGUCAAGGGAUUCAGAAGCUUUCUAUAUGAUGAAUCCGGAUAGUAAUGGAGCUCCUGAACUUAGCAUCUAUUUGCUUAGAGUUUGAGAAUUCGAAUCAAGCAAAAUAUGAAUCCAAAUUCAACUUGUUUGGAGCUACUUAAUUGAGAUGUUUUCUUGAUAUUUUUCUAGUACGUAGUAAUUGGAUAUUGAAUGUAAUAGAUUAUGGUACAAGGGUGAUAAGUUGAUUUGUUGUAAUUUUUAGUUCAUUAAGGUGGAGUGGGAAAUAUACAUAUUAAUUACAUAACUAU